CAGCCCUUUGCAUUAUUGAAAAGCGUCAGCAUUUUCAAUGUUGAACUCGGCGCCACAUGACCACAGGUCCAUCAGUCAUGUGAAAACUAACCAUAUGACACACAAGCAAUGUUUCCCUUUCAGUAACAAGCUGAAUAUUUACCAGCAGCGACUUGAGUUGCCAGUUGUAGCAAAUGUGUAGAUUGCAUUACACCCAGUGGAACAAUGUAUACAGGCAGUAUUGAGAACUUGAUUUUUCAUACUAAGUCAAACAAUGGCAAGUAAGUACUCGAAAAGACGUGUGAAACAGAAUGCACUGGGAAAUGAAACUGAGCAAGCAUCAUUUGCAUUGACUGUUGAGAAAAAGCAACUAAGAGAUGACCACGUUGAGGUGCACUCUAGGUCAGCAUGGCAAGACUUCAGGAGGAAAGUGGGUUUGCUGGUGCCAUACAUGUGGCCCAGGGGAAGUGUCCUGCUGCAGGGUCUGGUGAUACUUUGUGUUGGGCUUCUGGGUCUAGAGCGGGCCAUCAAUGUGUUUGUGCCCAUUUACAAUAGGAAUAUAGUAAAUCAGCUGUCAGCAAUGGAAAGCUGGAGAACCCUGGCCAUCACAGUCUGUGUUUAUGUCCUUCUGAAGUUCUUGCAGGGCGGAGGUGCAGGUACGUCGGGUUUUGUAAGUAAUCUACGCAGUUUCCUGUGGACAUAUGUCCAACAAUACACCAGCCGCGUCGUGCAGGUUCGUCUUUUUGCUCACCUGCAUGCCCUCUCACUACGCUGGCACCUGGGCCGCCGCACCGGAGACGUCCUGCGCAGCAUUGACCGUGGCACCUCCUCGGUCAACAACUUGUUAAGUUACAUUGUGUUCAGCAUUCUACCUACUAUUGCUGACAUCAUCAUUGCUAUCAUCUAUUUUGUGACGUACUUCAGUGCCUGGUUCGGCCUCAUCAUCUUCAUCUGCAUGGUCCUUUACCUCACUCUCACCAUAAUCAUCACUGAAUGGAGGACCAAGUACAGACGGGACAUGAACGCACAGGACAACAAUGCCAAGUCAAAAGCAGUGGACUCACUUCUCAACUUUGAAACUGUAAAGUACUACAAUUCUGAGAGUUUUGAAGUCCGACGCUUUGAGGAUGCCAUCCUGAAAUAUCAGGCAUCUGAAUGGAAGACCAAUGCUUCUUUGGCACUGCUAAAUCAAAUCCAGAACCUGAUAAUUGGACUGGGGUUGUUGGCUGGAUCCCUGCUGUGUGCAUACUACGUUACAGUGGACCAGUUUCAGGUUGGUGAUUAUGUUCUCUUUGGAACCUACAUUAUUCAGCUCUACACUCCACUCAACUGGUUUGGUACAUAUUAUAGAAUGAUCCAAAGUGCUUUUGUUGACAUGGAGAGCAUGUUUGAUCUCCUCACAGAGGAAAAAGAGGUCAAGGAUGAUGUGACUGCAGAAGACCUGUUGUUCACAGAGGGGAGAAUUGAUUUCAAGAAUGUGUGCUUUAGUUACACUGCUGGGAACGAGGUCCUCAGUGAUAUAUCAUUCACAGUAAUCCCUGGACAGACUGUAGCACUGGUUGGUCCAUCCGGAUCAGGAAAAAGCACCAUCAUUCGCUUGCUUUUCCGUUUUUACGAUGUGCAGGGUGGCUGCAUUCUCAUCGAUGGCCAAGACAUCUCAAAGGUGAAGCAGAACUCCCUCCGAUCCUACAUUGGUGUAGUUCCUCAGGACACUGUUCUUUUCAAUGACAAUAUCCGUGAAAACAUUCGCUAUGGACGCAUCUCUGCAAGUGACCAGGAAGUUGAAGAGGCUGCAAUGGCUGCUGACAUCCAUGAAAAGAUUUUGUCCCUUGCAGAUGGAUAUGACACUGAAGUGGGUGAAAGGGGUCUGAAGUUGAGUGGGGGAGAGAAACAGAGAGUGGCCAUCGCUCGCACAAUACUCAAAUCCCCUCGCAUCAUUUUGCUCGAUGAAGCCACAUCUGCUUUAGACAGUCAAACAGAGCAUAACAUUCAGGCAUCUCUCUCCAAGGUGUGUGCCAGUCACACCACUCUUGUCGUGGCACACAGGUUAUCCACCAUUGUUAACUCGGAUCAGAUCCUCGUUCUUCAUGACGGCCGAAUUGCAGAACAAGGAAGACAUGAGGAGCUGCUUGCAAUUGGGGGUCUGUACUCCGUCAUGUGGCUAAAACAACAGCAGAGCCCAGAAUCAGAAGAACAACCACUAGAGCCACAGAAGAAUGGUUAAAAAUGGAGUAAUGAUGAUGAUGGAUGAAAUCAAUCAGGAAAAGAGCUGGAGCUUCAAAGUUCAUCUCAGACAAAGGGGCACCAGACUGCACAAAUGUUAAUGAACAUUGGCGAAUGUGUCUCAGGGAAAAGUUGCAUAGGUGAAGUUAAGCAAAUUAUUGAAACGGUUUGGGUAUCCGACAAACUUUAAACCUUACGUUAACGCUUUGAAAACAGCGCUAGUAUAAAAAAAAAAUACUGCCAUGUGGUGAAUGACUUCAGUCAUUUCUGUUACAUUGUUGUUGUUUUUUUUUUUUUUUUUUUUUUAGUUCAUACUUCAAGUCACGUCAUUUGGUGUGUUUACGCUCCUAUUCAGUGAAUUGUGUGGACUAAGAAAAUGUUGAAUUAUCUCUUUCAUACAGUGAUCUGCAGUUGGGAAUUGUUGGUACAUGCUCAGGGCCAUUUGACAAAUUUUUUUCAUUAUAAUGCUGUCACAAGAAGUCUGUCACACUUUACAUUACAGUGUUCAUAUUUCUUGCAAUUUUGCAGUGUUAUUACUAUAGUACUUAAUUUCAUAAGCCUAUAGUAUGUGUAAUAUGUUCACUGUAAAAUUAGUUACCAAUAUUUUUUCUUAAAUUUAACAAGAAAAAUUCAGAAACACCAUAUAUAUAUAUAUAUAUAUAUUUUUUUUUUUUUUUUUUUGAGUGAUAUAAUCAUGUUGGACUAGUUUAGAUAUGACCUUUUACUCAUAUCUAAUUUCCAAAGCCAUAUUUAAUCUGUUGUUAAUAUACUAUAUAACUUUCAAAAAUGUACAUGGAAACACUCAUCAUGUACAUUCAACCAUAAUUUUAAUAUCAGUGACAUGCUCUGCAAUGUGGAAUGAAUGCCGUUUCACAAAAAUGCCAGGAUGAUUUAAAAAUCCUGCAUGUAUUGUAAAUUAUGAUGAAAUUAAUACAUUUUAAAUGAUAAAUGGCUUUUCUGAAGCUGAUAGGUAUUAAAAGAAUAUACAGCAUAUGAACCACAGUGACAUUUACAAACAUACCAGAAAGGGAAGAGUAGCCUAUAGCCUUGAAAUGCUAUCCUAAAAUGUUAUUAAGCUCUAAGAAGCUGGAUGUUUUGUACAAGAACAAAGUUUUUAAAAUCUACUUUUUGUAUUUUCAUUCUCUGUGGAAUUUGCACUGGUCAAAUAUAUCAUUUUUAUAAAACCUAGAAAUAAAGUCUGUAAAUAAAUACAACC